CUCCUCUGGUCUAUUUCCAAACCCACUUUUUCGACUCUAUCUAUUCGAGUGCGACGCCUGCACAGCCUCUGUGGUCGGGUCACAAUGAUGCUGCAGAGCUCUAUUUCAGCGACAUGGCGCAUCUGGGCCGUGUGUUUGGGAGCAAGCACGUCCGAGAGGUUGUUGGACCGGAUGGCAAGAACUUCAACGACUUCGCUGCCACCAUUGCUAUGUUCACUUACGAAGAACUCAUCUCAGGCUCCGAGCCACUGGAGCAAGGCGAUGAGCAAGUCUUAGUAGCGAGCUGGUGGGUCCAGUCUCGCGAUCCCAAGAAAGAUCUAAAGGAUUUUGCAACAGAGUUGAAACCCCUCGUGGUAGGCGCUUUUGGCGACCUCAGCCGCAAGGUUGUAGUCAACGUUGCGUUGCCAGACGAAGCGGGCAUGUUGAAAUACUUCACGGGCGAUAUCGCGCCAAGCUAUUCCGCAUGCUACCAAGUCUAUCUGACGGACAAGGCCCAGGUUGCCGAUUUUCUGGACAAAAAGGCGACUUUGGAGGAACGGGCAGCCGAGUUGGUUGUGCAGGAGACGACGUUCGCGACAUUUGGUAUUAGAUCUGUCGUUUUGGACCAAACCCGAGGCGUGCGUUUCGAUGCGUCGAGGCAACCACGGCUGUCAUGAGUGCACGAAAUUGAAACCAUGUGUCGAGGCACCAGCUGGAAGGGGAAUAUCUUUUGCCAUUUGCCCGUGCGGAAAAGCCAUUGGCACGGUUGGUUCUCGACCCAUGAUCGACUCUGAUCGGUGUCGUCCUUGCGUCGUCCUUUUUUACGGGGAUUGGUAUCCGUAAUAGUAAAUUGAAAUAUAUACACUCGAGUACUCAAC